AUGAAGCUUGCAAGGGUUGAAGGGCUGAUUCUCUUUGGAACUACUUUCUUGGCGGCCUUGCAGUGCUGCCUUCAGACCUUGAAGCUAGCUAGAGAUUCUGGAAGCACCUCCACAACAACUAACUCCUUCAAGCUACAACAUGUAGUAGACUAUCAUCACUCCAAUGUUGAGAGGAUUCCCGAAGCACUUGGAGGACAUGAGUUGUCGUCGUCGUCCACCAAACAAUUUCAUCAUGGACGAUCUCUAGACAGCGCCGCCCUCGAAACGGCACUCAAGGGUGCGGGUCUUCGAUACUACAUGUACGACAAUCCCGUCUUGACGCAGAAGAAAGCAAAAGAGAAUGCUCGCCAUUCAAAGUGGACUUGGACUCGUUCCUGGGGAUACCGGUACCAAGACUAUGUCAAGUGGGAGUUGGCAUACUUGGAGGCAUUGGAACAUCAUCCUUGGCGGAUCGUUGAAACACCCGAAACGGCAGACUUUAUCAUCAUCCCCAUUCCCAUCAAUUCCAUUUCCGUGGCGGGAGACCCCAAGGUGGACAUGCGGAACGCAUUGGAUGCACUCUAUCAAGAAGAGCUGUUCCAAAAGUACCCCGAAAAGCAUGUUUGGAUGACCUUUUUGGAGUAUGCCUUUGCUCCCCGAAAGAACGUCAAUGCCAUGUCCGCCACCAGCCGCACGGAUCCUUCCAAGAAGAAACAAAAGAAGAAGAAGAACAAGAAAGCUGCUGGAAAGGAAAAACCCGAUGCUUCGGGACUAUACCUUUCGGACUAUCAACGCCUGGAAAACAUUACCACUGCCUUGGCCAUAGACCAUCAUGCCUGGAAUCACAAGGUGCCCUACAGUGUCAAAGAGGAACAAGGAUGGACGUGUCAAACCAUGCAAAAGGUAUCCUGGGGGGAACCCAUCACCCGACAUUCCUGGUCCAUGUCGCUCAUGGGGGCCGCUACCGAACUCCAGAAUUCCCUGGAACCCCUCACGGUGGAAGCAUUCCGUAACAAGACGUAUCAUUUCUUAUACCAUAGCCGAAGGACACCUUCCAUGUGCAAUUCUACUCCACAUCGGCAUGCACUACUACUCAUGGAUGAGAACAACAACAACACCCAAACCCGGGAUGAUGCACUCAUAAGACUCAAACAGCCCUCGUCCAUUGGGUUUGAUAUCGAACCGUCCGAAUGGCAACGCCGAUUUGUCAAUGUCCAGUACUGUCCGUGUGUGCGAGGGGACACACCCUUUACACGCUGUGUCUUUCGAUCGAUUCGAGCCGGUUGUGUUCCCAUUGUUGUGAGUGACAGUUUGGAGGACUUUGCACCCAUCUACAAGUCCGUGCUGCGACAGACAGACUAUGCCGUGGUAGUGGAAGAAGCACGGUUUCUGGAAAAUCCCGCUCAAGCACUCCAUGAGGCGACCCAAAGAAUGACCGCGACGGAGGAACUGGAAACCUUGAUCCACGGCAUGAACUUGGUGAAACGAAUGAUUGUACCCAACUACCCCGACUCGCUCUUUGUGGAAGCGUUUGCGCAUGAAACUGUGGCAAGUCAACAGCAGGAAUAUUAUGAUUACAGGUAA